CUCUCCAAUCUCCAUCACCAAAUCAUUCUUUGAUUCCCUAAUCCAAUACCAUCUCCAUAAGUCGACCUUUCGAUUCCACGUCUUCGUCUUUCUUCUCCGUGUCUUUCUCUCUCUCUCUCUCUCUCUCAGUUUAUCUCGAAUUUGUUGGUUCCGGCAAUUAAAACCCACUUGAAAUUACUAGUUAUUUGCCUCGAUUUUUGAUUCUCCAGUUUAUUGGAACCCAAAUUCUGACGUAUCAGUGCAUACUUUUGAUUUCCAAUGCGGAAUAUUCGAUCGAUUUGGUGUCUGAUUUGUGUUUUUAUGCAUUCGUGAAAGUGGGUUAUGUCGAUUGACUGUGUGAUCAGUAUCUAAAUCACGGUUAUGGUGAUUGUUGCAUUGUUUGUCGGGUUCGUUUUUGGGGCAUUGGCUGUUGUUGGUGUUGAAGUUUUAGGAGUCUUGUUCUUGAUACGAAAAUUGAGUAAAAAAGUAGAUGAAGAAGACGUUAAGAUCACGAAAUCUGGAUCAUCUGGAAGAGAGGAACUCCAGUUCUCAUUCCCUAAUAAACAGGGAUGGGUUUGGGUUUUAGAAAAGGAAAGGAUUCCAAAGACUUCACCGCCAACUGAUAAAGGAUUACGUCAACAAAAACGUAAAAUCGAGAUAUUGGAGGUUUCACCUGUCCGGAAGUAUGCAAGCAUCAAGGAUCAAUCACUCGUCGUUACAGAACCAGAUGGCACCCUCACAAAAGUUUCUCUAUUAAGCUGCACAGUGGAAGCUGUUUCUGCUACAAAUUUACCCUCCAGAAAGUGGGCCAAAAAGUACCCUGUCAAAGUGGAGAGCAAGUCAUCAGUAAUAUAUCAUGGAAGCAAGUUAUUCUACAUGUAUUUUGAGACAUCUUCUGAGAAGGAAUCAUGGUGUAAAUCCCUACGUCUUGCUUCCUCUGAUGACAAAGAGAAACUUAAAUGGUUUGACAAGCUGCGUUUAGAGUUUCACAAUUACUUGGGAUCCUUAAACGUAGAAUAUCCUUCAUUUCUGAAACCCACCAUAGGUUUUAACCCAGAUUUAGGGGAUAAGUCGAUUAAGAUAGAUGGUUCAUCAUCAAAGGUUCGCCACUUUUUGAAGAAACUUGCAAAGAAGACUUCUAAAAGUGGUGUUGAGAAUAAAACUAAUUGGCGUUCGUUCUCUGGCAGAGAAGAUAAAAGGGUCAGUGAAAGAUCUAGUGGUGUGCAAGAGUCGAGUUCGGUUGGUGGAUCUUCAAGGCUCUCGCAAACACAAAAGAACUCUAAUUAUGCAGUUGAAGAGAAAAUUAUCCAAGCAUUAACGCCAAGAUCUACCCAAUCGGGAAGCAGAAGUCAAGGCCCCUUAAGUUCUGAUACGGAUUCUAUUGAUAAAAUAACAAGUGAUGAUGGAACGUUAUGCUGCAAUUUGUUACUAUCACGGUUAUUUUUUGAUGCCAAAAGCAAUGUGGAGUUGAGGAAAUCUAUACAAGCACGAAUUCAGAGAACACUGUCGACCAUAAGGACCCCAAGUUACAUAGGCGAAAUCAUUUGCACUGGUGUGGAUCCCGGAAAUAUCCCGCCAUUUAUUCAUGGUAUGAGGGUUCUACCAACAGAUCUGAAAGAAGUGGUUGCCAUGGAAAUCGAUAUUGAAUAUUAUGGUGGGGCGGUGCUAGAUAUCGAAACAAGGCUUGAAGUUCAGGAGCUAGAAAACCCAGAAAGCUUGGAUACAAAUUCAGAUUCGAAGUCGGUGGAUGAUGUCACCACGGAUCUUCUUGAAGGUUUUGAGUACUUUGGAGAACAAUUGAAGCUAAAUGAACAAAAAAAUCAGGCCAUGGAACAAAAAGGCGAUGAAAUCCGCAAAUUGGAGGAGAUCAAAAGUUUUAAGGGAAAUGAACAAGUGUCUUCUGCUGUAUCCAAGUGGAAAUCCGUGCUGAAUUGUGUCGCCAAACAAGUCUCUCAGGUGCCCCUUUCAUUGGCGGUACGGGUAACAACUCUUCGAGGAACACUCCGAGUGCACAUAAAACCUCCUCCUUCAGAUCAGUUAUGGUUUGGUUUUACAUCCAUGCCCGAUAUUGAUUUUAGUCUCGAGUCUUCGGUUGGGGAUCACAAGAUAACGAGCGGACAUAUUGCAUUGUUUAUAAUCAGUAAAUUCAAGGCGGCUAUUCGUGAAACCAUGGUACUCCCAAACUCCGAAAGCGUAACGAUUCCGUUCAUGUUAGCUGAAAAGAAUGACUGGGUUCCACAAAAAUCCGCCCCGUUCAUUUGGACAAAUCCGGAAGUUACCACCGAGCCCACCGCUGAAUCUGUUAUUGUACAUGAAGUCCAUCGCGCCCAAUCUUCACAAGAAACUCAUCCACUUGAAGUACAAGAAGCCCGUACCAGUAGCGCUCGUAGUACGGAAAGCAUACAAGAUAAGCUCAUAGAUUCUUUGGAUGAUCAAAAGGCGGUGGUGUCAAAUGUUAAUCUGCCAGAUGAGUCGAAAACAGCGUUGCUGGAAAGUGAGGAAUUUCCGCUGCAAGAGGCGGCUCUUCAGUCGAUCGAAGAGAACCGAGAAGUUACGUCUUCGAACUGGCAACAUCCGUCACCACCACAGGCGAUGGUGGCAGUGGAAGAAAACGACAUGAUGGAAGGGGAAGAUGCUCGGUUACGGAGAAUGGGAACGAGAGCGAAAAUGUUGGGGCUACGGAAACGGAUGGGCGAGAAGCUCGAAGAAAAGAGACGGAAUAUUGAAGAGAAAGGACGUCAUAUCGUUGAGAAGAUGCGUGGACCGGGUGGGAUCUAGUUUAACCGUUCAUGCUCGUGUUUUGAUAUGUAUAUUUUCGGAUUUGGGGCUCGAGGUCGGGGUUAUGAUUUUGUCGUAACGUGUACCGUAUACGUUGGACCCCGUCGUUUUUACAUUAGAUAUCGUAAUAUCGUUAAAAGAGUUUCGAAUGAUCGAUUCUACAAUUUAAAACAUGUAUACUUUUUAGGAUAAAUUCAUGAAUGCCAUUUUAUUGUGAUCUCAUGU